AUGGACACAAAUAUGGACAUGCACAUGCACAUGGACAUGGACACGAGCAUUGUCAACUACUUUGCCACCUACAACAACCAGGCCGAAGCCAUUUUCAAGGUAUCCUCUACUACCUUGCUGUCUGAGCUCAAGAAUGAAAUCGGCACACAGCUUCCCGUUGAGUCUCCUAACCAGCGCCUCUUCUUCGUUCAUGGAGAUGACGAGUUUUCUGAUGCGGAAGUCAUUACGCUGCUUGAUGGCUCUGACGAGAAGUCCCUGGACGAGCUGAAUAUUUCGCCCAAUACUGAAUGUCUUUUCUUACACCUCCUUCACUAA